AUGUCAAGUGUAGAAUUUGUACCUUUACCUGCAGGAAGAGCUGGAUCAAUGAGAGUUCCAGUAUCACCAAAACAUCAUGGACAUCAACAUACAUCACCUAUAGUGAACUCUGUGAUUAGUGGACUAGACCCACAUCCAGUACCCAAGAUGACUCAGGAAACUAGUUCCAAUUCUAAUUCCAGUAAACCCAUCAACUCUCCACCUUCGGUUAAAUAUCCUCCACAUCCUACCGCGGAGAAACAUUCAAACCAAAAACAACAUGUUAUCAAUCAACCAAGAUAG